AUGUCAAAGUACACGGAGGAUUCGUCAGAGCAGCAGGUGUCCUCGAAAAGCCGCCCGUAUUAUUCGUCGCAAGAUCGAACGAUGGAACGACACCGCGACGACAAAGACAAGACUGAAAUGAAUGCGCACUCCGCCAGCGCUGGUGGACAUGGCGCAAACCAGCAGAAUCCCUCGAUCGCCAGGAGUAUGUCUCGAUACCGGCGUAAUCGACCUUCUGCACAUACCGACGCGUCGGCAGCUUCAGGGACCCCUCCUACGCCUGCGUUGCCAGACCACGUAAAAGCUCAGUGUGCACCUGCCCUGCCAAGCAGUGCCAAGCCAGCGCUGGGGUCGGAGGAAGGGCGGGCAAGAGAAAAACACAGAAAAAAUACGAUGGCGCAGUUGACAGGCGAUGCUCCUGUUCGAGUAGCCUCAUCGCGGACUGAGAAGGAAGCGCGGGGUGCUACAUCAGGGAAGGCGCAUCACAAAGAUCAACCCACGACGACAUCAUCGCGGCCUAUCCAGUCAGGCCGACCCAAGGUGGAUGUCCCACCCUCCUCCACUGAUAGCAACCGCAAAUCCCUUCUACAAAAGGUCGGCUUGUCCAAAGCGAAACCGUCCCAAGACCACCUCAAGGAAACUUCCAGCUCGGCAUCAGCGAAGCCUAAUUACAUCGGCAUUGGAGGUGGUGGAAUUGUACCGGGCAUUGAUGCGCCGGUCUCUGCUGUUAAUGCAGGCGAGCGUUUAGUCCUUGUGAAGUAUGGGGAUGCCAGCGCACAGUUGCCUGUGACUCCUUUCACUCAGGUGCAUAGUCUGCUCCAAUCUGCCGCUGCAAAGAUUUCUCGUGACAUCGAACCCGAUACCUUCAUUGUGAUCGAGUUCUUCCAACAGAUCGGGCUGGAGCGGCCGCUGCGCCAGUAUGAGCGUAUCCGAGAUGUCAUGAACUCCUGGGCGCUAGAUACCGAUGGCAGUCUCAUUAUCGUACCGCCUUCAAGCAUGGAGGCCAUCGCCCAGCUUGAAGCGCAAAGUGUUCCUGCCGAGAAACCUACAGAGACCACAGUCUACUGCCACUAUUCCCAUCGACCUCGCAAGUGGGAUAAGCGAUACGUUACUCUUCGCCCUGAUGGGCAGGUGACAAUCUCCAAGAAGGAGAACUCGAAAGAUGCCACGAACAUCUGUCACUUAUCGGACUUUGACAUUUACUCCCCUAGCGCCCGAUCAUCUGCUAAGGAAAUCAAACCUCCUAAGAAGAUCUGCCUCGCAAUUAAAAGUCAACAAAAAUCGUCCAUGUUCCUCUCAACGGACAACUUUGUGCACUUCUUCAGCACCAAUGACCGCGCCGUUGCAGACAAGUGGUACAAAGUUGUUCAGAGCUGGCGAAGCUGGUAUCUCGUGAACAAAGUGGGUGCUGCGAAUCCAGUGAAAGGUGCCGAGGAGACAGAUCGCAAGGCUUCGCUGGUGCAAUCCGUGACGAGGACAAUCCCCCAAACCCGAGGCAUAUCUUCUGAUAUACCUCGGUUGGACCGCCAGAACAGCGAGCCAGAGCCUACGCGCCGCUCUGUUGAACAUGCCCGAAAGGAAAUGUCCGUCCCUCGGAGAAAGACCACUCGCGAGCAUAGGCCACCCCCAAGCUCGUUCCCAAAGAACCUCGCCAUCGACACCAAUACGAGUCAAUAUCAGACACGUACACGCCAGGAUUGGUCCCCCACUGAAGACACGUCGGACGCUGUCUUUACCUCUUCAGGCCUCUUGGGUAGAAUGUAUACCCAGCGACAGCAGGCGAUGCGUGAGCGAGAGGAGAGAGAGAAGCGAGCGAACCAGGAUCCAUUUUCUCAGGGCCUAGUUGCAACAAGUCCCGUGUAUUCUCCAACUGCUCAAUCGAGCAGCCGGACGAAUACACUCACUCAAGCUGAUGCGGCUGCGCAUCUGGGCCGUACCUUGUCCCUCAAUCAGACCCAGAAGCCGUUAGUGGACCUGACGCCGGUAUUUGUGGAGCCACCGCAGCACUCUCGCAAAGGUCGUGGUGUCACCGUUGAACCAGGGCGGCAGCUGAUCGAUGCAGCCACUGGUCCUGAAUUAGCCCCUGGCAUGGUGAACGUUCCCCCAGCCACAUCCUGGCGACGACCCCCUGGCGAAGUUCCCCAGCAGACUCGCUACCGCUCGCAUACCAUGCGGAGCGGGCGACAGGUCUCGCCGCCGGUUCAGUACCCAGGUGCUAGCUCCGCGGGGGCCAGCCCGACCUCGCCGAAUAAUCCAUUCGUGGCGAAUAGUCUGUUGGCGGUGUCGAGCCGCAACAUGAGCAGCCACCAGGGGCAGAGCAGGGGAGUUGGGGGACAUGGUGUUGCCACGGGUGACCGCAAUGCGACCCGUCCGCUGCUCGAUAUAUCGGUCGACAACCCCUUUGUGGAAGGCAGUCUGCUGCGGCAGCUGUAA